AUGAGUUCCAAAGGUGAUGGUGAACAUUGCCUCGGAUGGGCAGCAAGAGAUGCAUCCGGAGUUCUUUCACCUUACAAAUUCAAUCGCAGGAGUCUUGGGAAUGAUGAUGUCCAUAUUAAAAUUACACACUGCGGUGUUUGCUACGCUGAUGUAGUUUGGACAAGGAAUAAACACGGUGACUCAAAGUAUCCUGUUGUGCCUGGUCAUGAGAUUGCUGGAGUUGUGACAAAGGUUGGCUCUAAUGUCCACCGUUUCAAUGUUGGUGACCAUGUUGGAGUGGGGACUUAUGUCAACUCGUGUAGGGAUUGUGAGUAUUGUAACGAAAAACAAGAAGUUUCUUGUUCCAAGGGAGCAGUUUUCACUUUUAAUGGUGUUGAUGUUGAUGGUACAAUAACAAAAGGAGGAUACGCAAGCUACAUAGUAGUCCAUGAGAGGUACUGCUUCACGAUACCAAAAGGCUACCCAUUGGCUUCAGCAGCUCCUUUACUUUGUGCUGGAAUUACUGUUUAUUCUCCGAUGGUGCGCCACAACAUGAAUCAACCUGGAAAAUCUCUAGGGGUGAUUGGUCUUGGUGGCCUUGGUCAUAUGGCAGUGAAAUUUGGAAAGGCAUUUGGUUUGAGUGUAACAGUUUUCAGCACUAGCAUAUCCAAGAAAGUAGAGGCACUGAGCCUUCUUGGUGCAGACAAAUUUGUUGUUUCAUCUAAUCAAGAGGAAAUGAGGGCGUUGGCUAAAUCGUUGGACUUUAUAAUCGACACAGCAUCUGGUGAUCACCCAUUUGAUCCUUACAUGUCACUUUUGAAGACAUAUGGUGUUUUUGUCCUAGUUGGUUUCCCUAGUGAAGUCAAAUUCAGCCCUGCAAGCCUUAAUAUAGGAUCGAAGAUUGUUGCGGGGAGCAUUACAGGUGGUACAAAAGAUACACAAGAGAUGAUUGACUUCUGUGCUGCAAAGGGUAUUCACCCUCAUAUAGAGGUGAUUCCGAUCGAGUAUGCCAAUGAAGCUCUUGAGAGGCUUAUAAAUAGAGACGUCAAAUACAGGUUUGUAAUAGAUAUUGAGAACUCCCUAAAAGAAAAUUAA